AUGGGAGGAAAUGAAGCCAGCUGCAGCUAUGUUUGGUCAUCAAAAGCUGUUGACAACUGGAUUUUGAAACUCAAAUUUUUUCAGAAUGAUAAAUUUAUAGCGUCAUCAAGUGAUGGAUCAAUUCUAGGUUACUCACUAAACAACUUGGCACAGACGCCUCUAAUAAAUUUUGACAAAGCUCACGAAUCAAGUGUAAAUGAUAUGACUGUAAUCAACGAAAAUCUUAUAGCAUCAUGCUCCACAGAUGGUAUCAAGAUCUGGGACGUACGAUCAAAUAAAAGUACUCCACAAAUACUUUUAGGUAAUUCAAAAAAUUCAAAUUUUUUAUCUUUGGCGUCAAAAAAUGAUUUAUUAGCAGGAGGUACAGAAUUACAAGGAGUAGACGCUGAAGUUCAUAUUUGGGAUAUACGAAAUACAGAAAAAAUUGUAAAAUCGUUUGUUGACUCUCAUCACGAUGAUGUUACAUGUUUGGAAUUCCACCCUACGCUAAAUUAUUUAAUGUCUGGCUCAACGGAUGGAUAUGUCAACAUAUACGAUUUAUCAAAAGUAGAUGAAGAGGAUGCAUUACAUCAAGUCAUAAAUUUUGGCUCAGUACAUUCAUGUCAUUUUAUAACAGAAUCAAGAAUAUCAAUUUUGACGCAUAUUGAAACUUUAAUGUUUCAUGAUUUAAAUGAUACUAAUUAUGAAAAUUUGGAAAGUCCAAAGUUUGAAGAUUUAGGGGAUUUGAGAAUAAAAUGGCCUCUUAAUGAUUAUGUAAUUGAUUUAAAUCCCAGUGGUUUUGUUGCAUAUGGUUCCAAUACAAAUAAUAGUGUAUCAAUUCUUCCAUUCAACCCAGUGAAAGAAAAAUUCAAAGAAUCUCGAAUAAUUCAUUUACAAAAUGCUCAUAAUGAUGAAGUAGUCAGAGACGUCAUAGUAAAAACAAAUACGACUCAAUGCCUUAGUUGUGGAGAAGAUGGGAAAAUAAAGUUAUGGGAAUUGCCUCAUGUUUUAAAGUCUUACUCUUUUGGAGAACAAAUAGAUGAACCCGUACUAGUGACCUCGCCUACAUCAGAGAAAAAGAAAACUUCUAAACACAAGAAGGAGCAUAAAAAGAUAAAAGAUCAAAGAUUCAAACCGUAUUAG